AUGCCCGCUACUGCUAUAACCUUAGAGGACUAUCAGAAAACUUUCCUAGAACUUGGACUGGAAUGCCAAGCCUUGAGAUUUGGGUCAUUCAAACUAAAUUCAGGUAGGCAAUCGCCAUAUUUUUUUAAUCUAGGUCUGUUUAACUCUGGUAAGCUGCUAGCAAAUUUGGCUACUGCAUAUGCAAUUGCUAUCAUUCAAUCGGAAUUAAAAUUCGAUGUUAUCUUCGGUCCAGCUUAUAAAGGUAUCCCACUGGCUGCUAUUGUGUGUGUCAAACUCGCAGAAAUUGGGGGCACUAAAUUCCAAAAUGUUCAAUAUGCUUUCAACAGGCAAGAGGUUAAAGAUCAUGGCGAAGGUGGCAUAAUCGUGGGAGCAUGUCUUGAAGACAAGAGGGUUUUAAUUAUCGAUGAUGUCAUGACCGCGGGAACGGCAAUCAACGAAGCAUUUGACAUCAUUAGUAUGGCUCAGGGUAGGGUUGUUGGUUGUAUCAUUGCCCUAGAUAGACAAGAAAUAGUCCAUGAGUCUAAUCCAGAAAGAUUAAGUGCUACUCAAUCUGUAUCAAAGAGGUUCAACGUUCCUGUAUUAAGUAUCGUUUCACUGGCUCACGUGGUGCAGUUUAUGGGGAGCAAACUAUCUCCGGAGCAAAAAUCGGCGAUUGAAGAAUACCGUAAAGCUUACGGUGUUUGA